AUGAUCGCCGCGCUCGAACGCCGCGACCAGCUCGACAAACUCCUUGGGGAAGGCGUUGGUCAGGCCCGAGACCCAGCCCUGUGCGCCCAGAUACAGACCUUCGAGCGCGACGUCGUCCAGACCGGCGAACAGGACAUAGCGGUCGCCGAACGCGUUGCGGAAACCAUCGGGGCAGCAGCAUCAGGCCGUCCGCACCGGCCUUUUCGGCCGCCUGCGCAUAACGGACGGCGCGGCGGUGUCAUAUUCCGAGCAGCCAGUGAUGACCGGCACGCGGCCCGCCACCGCCUCGACGAUCGCGGUCAGCACCGUGACCUUCUCGUCAUAGUCGAGCGAGUUGUUCUCGCCCACCGUGCCCAGCGCGAUGACGCCGGUCACGCCGUCCUGACCAGAUCGUCCACGACCCGCUGCGUAUCGGCGAGAUCGAUCGACAGAUCCUCCCGCACCGGGUCGUCACCGCGGGAAAUACGCCACGCCAGCCGAUGCUCACAGUCUGUCUUCCUAGUCAGUUUUAGAUACUGUAUACUUUUUAGCGAUGUUCUUACGCUAGGUCAAUCGCGAUCAUUCUUCGUCGGGAUAGGGGCCUUUGCCCCUUCGGCGAUAAAGCGAUCGGUCCGCGCCUCGAUCACCGGCAGCGGGACAUACAACCGAGUUGCAGCAUCGCGUCGUGCCCAAGCGCGGAUGUUGAAUUUUGGGCCCCAAGGCCUUCUCCGCCUUGGGCGCGUGCCCCGCUGGAAGGCGAGCUGCCCCAUAUAA